GUCGUGACUUUCUCUCCAACUUUCUUGCUCCAUUCGGUCCAUAUUCGAAGUUAUAUUUUUUAAUAUUUUUCUCCCGAAAAUAAAGAAAAUAUCUCUUUCGUGAAAUCUAGUUCUAUUGGCGUGAAAAAUUGUGGAAUUUGUCGUGGGACCAAGAACGGCGUAGAAAUGUGUUCAACAUCAGUGUCUUGUCCAUUGUGCUAUAAGUCGAGUUUUCCAAAUAUUGACACACUUCGCAAUAGCUUGAUCAAGGCCGCAAAUGGUCCAGUUUCAUGUCCGAUUUGCAACGAGAUCUUAUUGGGGCUUGAUAAACUUACGAUCCAUCUAUUCAGUCAUACGAACUUGAUGCUGACGAUUACGAAGGAGCCGAUACUACCCCCUCCUAGUGAUACGAUGUUCCAAUCGUUUUGUACCAAGGGUGAAACCUCAACUAGUCCUCAAAAAGAUACGAACUCGAUUUCAACACUGAGUCUAGUGGAAAAUAGCAAUUCUGUUCCGAAGAUCCCAGCAACAGUUCAAGAGUCUUGUGUCGCCCAAAUAAAAUGUGAUAUAUGUGAACUUGCUUUCCGCUCUGUAGAUCUGCUGCGGAUGCACAACAAGUUGAUACAUCGAGCUCCAGACGAGGCAUUGAACGGCGUGGCUGUAACCGAUAUACGAUACCAAUGCCACUUAUGUGCAAAGAUGUUCAAAAUGAAAGGAUCGCUGCGGGUCCAUUUAAAAGUUGUACAUCUCAUUGGUUUGCAAGCGAACAAAGACUGCCCAAAAUUAAAUAUUUGCCAAAAAAUCAAGACUAAAAAUAUUCAAGCUCUGAUACCUCCUGCAGUUGGUGUACAUUUAACAGCAUCUGGAGAGGAACCAAAUCCGUCCAAUAUUGCUACCACUAGCAACAUUCUGCCUGAUAAUUGCCAACCUGUUACUAUAGAUACGAAUAAACCUAGUAUCAACGUAAUCCCAGUAAAGGCUGCAGAGGCUCCAAAAAUUUGGGAGUGCGAUAUUUGUGCGAAAAGUUUCACAACAAAAUACUUUCUAAAAAAACACAAACGAUUACAUACAGGUGAAAUGCCGUAUACUUGUAACAUAUGUGGAAAGACAUUUACAUUUCAACAAUCUUACCACAAGCAUUUGUUGUAUCAUAGCGAUGAAAAACCGCACUCGUGCCAAACUUGUGGGCGCGCAUUUAAGGAACUUUCGACGCUUCACAAUCACGAAAGAAUACAUAGCGGUGAAAAGCCCUUCGAAUGUGAAACAUGUGGCAAAUGCUUUCGUCAGCGUGUUUCCUACCUAGUUCACAAAAGGAUUCACACAGGAGCCAUGCCUUAUAAGUGUACCGCCUGUGACAAAAGCUUCCGUUAUAAAGUUUCCCAACGCACUCACAAAUGUACAGCUCAGCCCCCAGGAAUGGUUGUUCGUCAAGGAGGAGAUUUACUGGAAAAACUACUACAAACUACAUCAGCGAUGGCAAAACCGGAUGGAAAAGACACGGAGGGAAUUCAUGUGGGGCGAGAUAUAGAACAUAUUAAUCAAACUGAUCUUGUUCGUACUGAAAACCAUGAAGAGGAGCUCCUUAUUAGAUCAAUCGACGAAAUCGUCUCAGAAUCGUGUAAUAAGUUGGGAAUCGAGAAUGUUCACGAUAUCGGGGAAUCUAUUAAAUUAGGUGUGAACGAGAAUAUUGCAGAAUUGGACAAAGUCCAGACACCUUCACCGACAGCCAAAUUAGAAAAUCUUUGUUUAUAUUCACCUUCCGAUAACUCACUGAUUUCGCCGUUUGAUACCAUCUGCGAAGAAGCAUUGAAAACUCUUCUGAAUGAAACUGCCUAAUAGAAUAGAAACUUCAAGUUUAAAAUAUUAAGUCUGUGAUGAUGAAAGGAUUCAGCAACAGGAUAGCUCACAAAUCAUAUAUUCACAUGAAAUAUAAGGACACAUAUUAUUUAGGAGCGAGUAUUAAUUUUUGUUUACUAAAUUUGUUAUAUCGAAGAUAAGGUAAAU